AUGGGACGAAAGGAGUUUGUACAAGAUGUAAAGAAAUUAAAAGAUUAUUUAAACGGGUUGAAUUCAAGAAAUAAUGCCUUGAUAAAAGGUUUUGAUUUUCAAGAUCCAGAACUUAAUUUUCAAUUUCAAUACAAGCCUCGCAAAUUUUUUACCAUUCAAAUAUUUGUUAAUGAUUCUUCUUUGUCGCUGUACCCAACAAAAUUUAGCGGAUUUAUUUGUGUAGAUGGCGGAACAGAUAAAGAAUCUAAUGCUGCUGCUGAACUCCUACAAAAAGCUAGCAUUGAAAAUAAAUCUGUGGGCGAAAUAGUCGCUAUUCUUACGCGUUUGCUAUGUGAACACUUUCGACUUAAUCUCCCUAAAGAACUAUCAGUUAAUUUAUUGCGACAGUUUGGUGGAUCCGCAAAUAACUCUACCGCUUUCUACCAUCCUAUUCAAAAAUCGUUGAUUCCUGUCAAAUUGACACCUUCCAUGUUACUGCAAAGGGAUCUCGCUGAAUUGAAACACUGGAAUUAUUUCGGAGAGCUUCUUUGUGCGGAUAAUAUGGGGUACAAAGUGACAAUCUCGAUGCCCGUUACUCGACUUGGUCUAAGUUUAGAAGCAUGCGAGGCAUGGAACCUGGAGCCAGAUCGAUAUAUUGUGUGCACAAUGCAAUUCACAAAAAGUUAUAUUGAUUUGGAGAAUGAAGUAAAAAAUGCUUAUAGAAUUCAUUCACACGUAUUCAAAGAGGGGGGAGGAGGAUAUCCGGCAUUGAAGGACUUAUUAAAAAAGCAAUAUAAUAUAAAAUACACCGUUUUGACGUCAUCUCAGCAAAGAGGAGUUUUCAGUCAAUCACAUCACAAAGACGAUUUUCUGGAAAGUGAUCAUUUUGUGUUGUCGUGGACCUUAACCGAGUUAUUACGUAGCAAAUUUUUUGAUAUGUUAUGCGAUUGUAUAUGGUUUGGUGUUAGUUGGGGCGGCGCUGAACAAGCAGACCUUAUGCGAAAUAAGAAUAUGAUGCAUAAUUACUUAUAUGAUGGAAAAAUUGACAGGCAUCUUCUUUUUGAACAAGAGUCGCAUGGUCAAUUAUGCUUUUUCGAAGCAGAAAAGAGUGAACAUGCUAGCGCUGUUAAAAAUCAAAAUUUUCUAUUAAUUGUAUUACGUUUUCUUCGUCGAAGAAUUUUACUCUCCACUAAGUAUUGUCUUACUUGUCAUUAUCCACACGGUGAAUCUGUGUCUUCUAUCCGGCCAUUUGUUUGUGGGACUCCACUGUGUCAACAUCAAUCAUUAGUGGGACUUGGCAAUCUGUUCGAGGCGGUAUUAGUGAAUAGCCCGGUGGUGGUCGAUUUAUUGAUAUCUUUGUGCUAUGUAGCUAUCCAGGCACAAAAUUUAAGUCCAGCUCCGACUAAAGCUAUUGGUGUCACCACAACAAGUAAACUUGAUGGAGAGAAUACAUUGGCAGUAGAAUGGAGCGAAACUACUGGGACUAUUGGAACACCGGCAACUACUGGAUAUCAGGUGCACGGAUGGAAAAAUUUCGAUAACAAAGUGAAACAAAAUGACUUGCUUGAGGUCUAUAAUCCCGACACAAAGCAACCAUUUCCUGUGAAUCGAUCCAAUACAGCUACUACAGUUCGAGUACUGGAGGUCUAUUCGAACUAUCUGAUCACAGAUUUCCCUAUCGUUUUCCCUAUUUCUGCUGCACCCAAUAAACCUGUAUAUUUACCAUUCCGUUUACUUCGUCGUACGGAAUGCAAUUUUCUCUCUGUUGACGACACCCCAAAUUAUACACUUUUGCAAACAGUCAUAGAUCGUUUACCUAGUGUGAAUGUAAUGGUAGAAUAUGCCAAAAAGAAGACACUCAAAGCAGAAUUGGACCAAUUAGAUCUAUUAUGCUUCCCUCUUUUGUCUUGGAUUAUCUCCUCGAAUCGAACACAUUUGCGGUUACUUGAAUCUAACGAGGAAAAAGUACAGUUCAAUGAGGGAGCGACAACAGCAUAUUCGAAUUGGAAACAAUUUGUGAUGAUCAUGAGUUCUCCAGAGAAAGAACAAGAAUUCCAGCGUGAAAAAGAAAGAUUACGAAGAGAAAGAGUUGGUCAAAGCUUGGGAGAAUUAUACGCUUUCCAUGGCUCACCUUUAAAUAAUUGGCACUCGAUCAUUCGUACAAGUCUUAAUUGGAAGCGAGUGCUUCAUGGCCGAGCAUAUGGUGAUGGUGUUUAUCAUUCACUUCAAGCUGCGACUUCGGCUUCCUACGCUGGAGCACCUUAUCAUAAAUAUGAUGUGGGCGUAUGGAAAAAUUCCAUGCUAGUUGUCACAAAAUGUAUGGCUUUAAGCGAAAUCGUUAAUAGACCAUCACAAUUCACAAGUACGAGUCCUCAUCUUGUCGUACCCGGCGAAUCAUGGAUAACGACACGUUAUCUUUUCGUUGAAUGUUUGCGAAAUCCAUUAGAGCCAACAAGUGAGGGUGAAGAUGAGGAAUACUCUUUUGUCUAUGUACCUAAUUCUACUGCACAAGUCAACUCGAUGCGCAAAUCUUUUAAGAAGACAAUCACGAAUCCUUUUUCUUCUCUACGACAAAGAAACCACAGAGAAAAAAUCCUCGAAUUCAUAAGAUUGGACACACAAUACACCCCAGUAUGGUUCAACAAUCAUCCUUUACAAAUACCAAAACGGGAUUUCUUGAUAAUUGCCAAUGAAUAUCCAGAAGAUAGUUCAAGAGGAAUUGGACCAUUCCAUUAUCAAUUUAAUAAUGCUGUUGCAGGAACUGCAGCAGCGAUUCUGAAUGGAUCAUUAUCUGAAGAUGACAUUUUAGAAGAUGAGGAUGAUUAUGAUAAUGAAGUGGAAGAUGAGUCAGAAAAUGAAGACGCACAUCUAUCUAAAACAUCAAAAGACAAAGAACCUGAACCCUCGAAAAAAUAUGAACAACGCAUUGAAAUUGAUGACGGUUUUGAUCCAUCAUUAUUACCACUUCCAGCUGAGUCAUCUAAAACAGCGACUCAAAGAAUAUGUAAAGAGCUGCGUCAAAUAGUACAGAAACAAAGCGAACCAAAUAAUGAUCUCUCAUUUUCAAUAAAUACGGAUAUGCUGCAGUCUAUGUAUCAAUGGGUUAUACAAAUGAAAGAUUUUGAUUCAUCAUUGCCUCUAGCACAAGAUAUGAAGAAAUACAAAGUCAAGACUAUUGAUAUGGAAGUCCGAUUUGCCCCUGAUUAUCCAUUCGUACCGCCGUAUAUUCGAGUAAUUCGCCCAAGAUUGCUGAGGUUCAUGGAAGGAGGGGGUGGACAUGUGACAGCUGGUGGUUCUAUUUGCAUGGAUCUAUUAACGCUUGGCAAUAAUACAGAGCGUGGCUGGUCUUCGGUAUAUACGAUGGAAUCGGUCUUGCUACAGGUUAAAAUUGCUCUAAGUUCUUUGGAACCUAAACCCGCAAGACUGGAUCCAAGACGCGCAUUUUUCUCAACGACACCGACAAGACCUCCAUCAACGACGUCCUCAAAGUCUAGCAAUCCUCCAGUUAAACACAAAUCCAUACGCACCCGAAAUUCUCUUCCAACACUUGUAACAAAAACGCGUUACAUAAUUUAUGGUGCGCUUGGCGUUACUGUCUGGAUCGUUGCUGUAGCUGUUGCCUGGAACCACGAGCGACAGUCAACAAGUGCAAUACAAGGGUGUAUGUUUAAUGUGAGAUAUAGUGAAGAAGCUCGUGCGGUUCUAGGCGAUACUAUUAAUUUUGCUUCUGCUUGGCCUUGGAUUUCCGGAACGAUUAAUCAUUUAAAAGGACGUAUUAAUGUUUGGUUUCGGGUAAAGGGCGAAAAAGGUAAAGGAACUGUACACUUUCAUUCUAUUCGUCGUGGUCACGGACAAAAUUGGCAAGUUGUCGAUUUUUCACUGACCACUGAUGAUGAUGGACGCGUUAUUUCUUUGAGUGCACCCUCAAUGGAAAAAUAUAUUACCAGUGAUGCUUCAAUGACUACUGAUAGUACUGGUAAUAAUAAUAAUGUUAUUGCUGCCACUUAA